UCGCGCACCUGUACUCUUCCUUGAGGUUUUCAUUUAGCAAACCAACCCCUUUAUAUCUUCUUUUUUUUUCUUGCAACAUUGCUGAUUUCUUAUUUUGAGCGCAUCACAGGGCAUCCGCGGACUCCAGCACAGACGCUGAUUCUCUGUCACCCUGCUGAGCUGGGAGAUUUUAGUAAGCACCGCAGGACCCAGAACUGCAAAACUGUUUGAAGUAGAGAGCUUCCUCUUGUCCCGCGCGCCCAUGGAAGGCGACGUUAUGGAUAAACUAGAGGACAUGGCCUCAGUGUGCGAGUUCGACCCUAUUACGGGGAAUAUUCCCGCCACCAAAGUGGAGAUCACCGUCUCGUGCAGAAACCUGUUAGAUCGAGACACGUUCUCCAAGUCUGAUCCUUUGUGUGUUCUGUACACUCAGGGAGUGGAGUCUAAGCAGUGGCGUGAGUUUGGGAGAACUGAAGUCAUCGACAACACUCUGAACCCAGACUUUGUGAGAAAGUACAUCCUGGACUAUUUCUUCGAGGAGAAGCAGAAUCUGCGCUUUGACAUAUAUGACAUUGACUCCAAAAGUCCUGAUCUAGCCAAACACCUGUGCAAAAUUGAAGAAGAGCCCUCCGAAUUCAACGACUUCCUGGGUCAGACCUUCUGCACUCUAGGUGAGAUAGUGGGUUCACCAGGCAGUCAUCUGGAAAAGCCUUUGGGUGGCAUCCCUGGGAAGAAUUGUGGUACAAUUAUUCUCACUGCAGAGGAACUUGGAAACUGUCGGGACUGUGCAACAAUGCAGUUCUGUGCCAAUAAGCUGGAUAAGAAAGACUUCUUUGGCCGCUCUGACCCGUUCAUGGUGUUCUACAGAAGUAAUGAGGACGGAACUUUCACUAUCUGCCAUAAAACUGAGGUGGUAAAGAAUACGCUGAACCCCGUCUGGCAGCCGUUCACCAUUCCUGUCAGAGCGCUGUGCAAUGGAGAUUAUGACAGGUCAAUUAAAGUGGAGGUGUACGACUGGGACAGAGAUGGCAGUCAUGAUUUUAUCGGGGAGUUCACCACCAGCUACAGAGAGCUCUCUCGCGGCCAGAGUCAGUUCAACGUGUACGAGGUGGUGAAUCCUAAAAAGAAACUUAAAAAGAGAAGAUACAUCAACUCUGGCACAGUGACACUGCUUUCAUUCUUGGUGGAAGCCGAACACACGUUCCUGGACUACAUCAAAGCAGGCACUCAGAUCCAUUUCACAGUGGCCAUUGAUUUCACUGCGUCCAAUGGGAACCCUUCUCAGUCUACCUCCCUGCAUUACAUGAACCCCUAUCAGAUGAACGCGUACGCCAUGGCGUUGAAGGCCGUGGGCGAGAUCAUUCAGGACUAUGACAGCGAUAAGAUGUUUCCUGCAUUGGGCUUUGGAGCCAAACUUCCUCCAGAUGGCCGGGUUUCCCAUGAAUUUCCCCUGAAUGGUAAUGUAGAUAACCCAUACUGCAAUGGGAUGGAGGGCAUCCUAGAGGCCUACCAUGAGAGUCUGAAGACUGUCCAGCUCUACGGACCCACCAAUUUUGCUCCUGUCAUCAACCAUGUAGCAAGGUAUGCUGCAGCAGUUCAAGACGGCUCACAGUACUUUGUGCUUCUCAUCAUCACAGACGGUGUGAUAUCAGAUAUGGCUCAGACUAAAGAAGCCAUCGUCAAUGCGGCAAAACUACCUAUGUCUAUCAUUAUUGUUGGAGUUGGCCAAGCUGAAUUUGAUGUUCGUACCAUUCAGAGACUACAUGGACAGGACGGGAAACCAUGUCCUGAGCAUGGCACGGCUUGCCAAGGAUGUCCUGGCCGAGAUCCCGGAUCAGUUAAUCUUAUAUAUGAAGUCAAGGGGCAUCAAGCCCAACCAGACACCACCAGACUACAGCCCACCUGGGCUCAGCCCAUCCCCCACCGUAUGAGUUUAUCCAGCCUGCUAAAAGAAAACAGGCGAUGCUAUGUCACCACCAAUUUGGAUCUCAUUCAAAGCCAAUACAACUGA